ACAUUUCCCAGCCUGCUAAGGGGGACGGACUACCCCCCCCCCCCCUUUCUUACUGCAGGUUGAUCGUCUUGGCUGCAGAUGAGCGAAAGAGAAAACGGUGGAAAAGAGAAAGAGAGAGAGAGAGAAGGAAGGGAAGGAGGGGGUGGGGAAGAGGGAGGAGGAGAAGCACCUCUUGGCUGGCGAAUUAUGCAUGCACUAAGCGAGCUCUGAGAGAAUGGCUGUGGAAGCUAUCCAUUGCAGCCUAAAUCCAAAUGGUAUCGAUCUCUCUGUCCACACGGAAGGCAUUAACCUGCAGCUUGAAGGCGAGAGGGUGGAAUCGUCCUCGCUCAAGAAGGAAAACUCGUCGAAGUUGCCUGAGUCGAAAGGAACACCAAAGAGGCAGCAAAUUGAGCCAGAAGCAUCUAAGUCUAACAUUGUGAAACUGACUAAGCCGGUAGCACUGUGGACCCAACUGGAUGUGUGCAAGUGGCUGAAGAAACAUUGCCCAAAUCAGUAUCAAAUCUACAGUGAGUCAUUCAAACAGCAUGACAUAACUGGCCGUGCGUUGCUGAGGCUUACAGACAAAAAGCUCGAGCGGAUGGGGAUUGCUCAGGAAAGCUUACGGCAGCAUAUUUUGCAGCAGGUCCUCCAGCUGAAAGUGCGGGAGGAAGUCCGAAACCUUCAGCUGCUGACACAAGCCUCGAUAGAGAGUUCUCCGUAAGCAUCGCCAGCCUCUAAAGCUGCUGUCCUGCCAGACGAUACGAAAAGCGAACUUUCCCCUUUGCGAGAAAAACAAAGCGUAAACAACAGAACUGCCAGAAAAAGGCGACGGACAAGAAUUGGAAAAGUAGCCGAAACCUCGAAUGGCAUUGUCGCUCUGAAAAGUCCUGGUUUGCUUGCAGAAUUCCGUCGUGGCGUAGCCUGCCUCAACGCUCACUUCUUCCAGCUGGCCAUUGGUGGCCCCUUCCCGCUGCAAAACAACUGCCGGUUGUCAUCACUGUGCAUAAAACUUUGUGCUCCUGCAAGGGGGACUCUCUGAUGUCCUUCACUAAAAGUUGCUUUUCUUCUUCUACUUUUUUUUUAAAGCAUGGUUACUACUGAAUUAUCUUAUUGUAUGCAGAUGGCAUGAUAGGGAGGGGGGAGAAAGGGGGAGGGAAACACCAGCUCUCGCACACUCAGUAGCAAUGUUCACAAAAGUCCUUACACACUGAUAGGAAUGUAAAUGAAUCCUGUACAUGUUUAGUAACACAACUAAAUGUUAUCCCCCCGUCUUACUAGGAUGGCUUUCCGUCUGUGGUCUCUGCACAGGUGUGCUUGCAGGUAUGAUAGAAGUUAUGGGAAUGUCUUUGAGAAGAUAACCUGAAAUGUUUCAGGGGCUGUCACUGAGAUUGUAAUCGAAGUGUAGCUCACAACAUGUGUGUCUUCGCCAGUUUGUGCAAGGUUGGUUUGCUCACUUGCCUGGAAACUAUUUUGGCUCUUUUGGCACUUGAUUUACACUGGUAGUCAGAUGGGAGCACGUAAGCAUCUUUGUUGGACUUGCCAUUAAACUGCAAGGAGGCACAGACUUCAGUUGUAUUGUUGCAUGUUAAAUAAUAGAGGAAAAGAAAAUUAUCAAGGUAAAA